AAAGCGAAGCUGCGACGCCGGGCCUAGGCAGGAGGGAAGGGUAGCGUGGCUUUGUUGUUAGCCGUUUGCCGUGUGACCCGCUCAUGGGGCUGGAAAUGGACCCGUUGCUGCACGCCUUGAGUUACUUCAGGCGGAGGAAAUUCCAGCUCUGCUCGGAUCUGUGCUCCCAGUUGCUGGAAAAGGAACCCGGCGACCAGGCUGCUUGGUGUUUGAAAAUGCGAGCAUUAACUGAAAUGGUUUAUGUGGAUGAAAUUGAUGUGGAUCAGGAAGGCAUAGCUGAAAUGAUGCUGGAUGAAAAUGCAAUUGCACAAGUUGCACGACCUGGUACUUCACUUAAAGCUCCUGGAACUGGUCAGGGGGCUGGGCCUAGCCAGGCCAUCAGACCACUGACUCAAACAGGGAGACCCCUGACAGGUUUUGUGCGGCCUAGCACACAGGCUGGGAGACCAGGUAGCAUUGAACAGGCCAUAAAAACUCCAAGAACUGCUCACACUGCCCGUCCAAUGACUAGUGCUUCAGGGAGAUAUGUCAGGCUUGGAACAGCCUCCAUGCUCACUAAUCCUGAUGGUCCUUUCAUAAAUGUAUCUAAACUGAACUUAAAUAAUUAUGCUCAAAAACCAAAGUUGGCGAAGACUUUGUUUGAAUACAUUUUUCAUCAUGAGAGUGAUGUUAAGAAUGCUUUAGAUUUGGCAGCAUAUGCCACACAGCAUGCCCAAUUCAAGGACUGGUGGUGGAAAGUGCAAAUUGGGAAAUGUUAUUACAGACUAGGAUUAUAUCGUGAAGCAGAAACGCAGUUUAAGUCAGCUCUCAGACAACAGGAUAUGGUAGAUACAAUACUGUAUUUGGCAAAAGUAUAUUCCCGCUUGGAUCAGCCUUUGACAGCUUUAAAUGUUUUCAAACAAGGUUUAGAACAAUUUCCUGGAGAAGUUUCCCUUCUUUGUGGUAUGGCCAGGAUUCAUGAGGAAAUGAACAACAUUUCUGCCGCUGCAGAAUGCUAUAAAGAUGUCUUAAAACAAGAUAAUACCCAUGUGGAAGCCAUUGCAUGCAUUGCAAGUAAUCAUUUUUACUCUGACCAGCCAGAGAUAGCUUUACGUUUUUACAGGCGGCUCCUGCAGAUGGGCAUUUAUAACAGCCAACUCUUUAACAAUCUGGGCCUCUGCUGCUUCUAUGCCCAGCAAUAUGACAUGAUUCUCAGUUCAUUUGAACGUGCACUAUCUCUAGCAGAAAGUGAGGAGGAAGCUGCAGAUGUGUGGUACAACUUGGGACAUGUAGCUGUGGGAAUAGGUGAUACAAACUUGGCUUACCAGUGUUUCAAACUGACUUUGGCCAACAACAAUGACCAUGCAGAAUCCUAUAAUAACUUGGCUGUGUUGGAAAUGCAAAAAGGUCAUAUUGAACAGGCAAGAGUGUUUCUGCAGACUGCUUCAUCAAUAGCACCUCAUAUGUAUGAGCCACAUUUCAAUUUUGCUGUGUUGUCUGAAAAGGUUGGAGAUCUCCAAAGAAGCUAUAUAGCAGCUCAGAAGUCCAAAGAAACUUUUCCAGAGCAUGUGGAUACUCAGCAACUUAUUAAGCAGUUAAAACAGCACUUUGCCAGAGUCUGAUGUACCUCCCAUCAAUGAAAAUAUUUAAUUAGUUUUCUUCAGAAUUGCAGACUUGUGCAAAAUUACAAAGGAGAGGGUUAAUGUUACUUUCAGAAUAUUUUUACAUUUAUAUUCUGAGAAUUCUAUUCAGACUGGGUGCAAACUGAACCUUGUUACUGUCUUCAGAUGGUUAAAAGCUGCUUAGCAGAGUCUUGUUUUUUAAAAAUAAUCCCUGUCUAGGGGCAACAUUCAUUUUAGGUAUAUUAAGUGGAGCAAGGCAAGUUUCAUAAUGAGUAAUGGGAAUAUUUCCAUAUAAGAACUGCUUAAAAAAGAAAUGUAACCUUGUUUGAGGAUGUAUACAUGUUUAUUCCUUUUUCAAGGAAGCAUUUUCUUCUUUAUUUACUACCUAAUUAUAGUGUUUUUAUGAACAAUCUUGUCACAGUAAGUGAGCUCAAGUGACAGAUACAAAAUUGUUUAACUUUUUGUUGCACCAGAGCAGGUUUAGAAUGUAACUUUUAUUUAGGAAGAUCAUAUAUUAUUAUAUAUAUUAUACGAGAGGCAUAACUCUUAGUGAUGAACUAAGGAAUGUACACGUAUCUCUGUAUUAUUAAUACCCAAAGUCUGGUAUGUGCUGGCUCCAGGUGUCAGUUCAUGGCACUCUUUUGUUCAUGGUUGCAGGAUCAGUGAAGGCUGUAUAACAAAAGUAGUGGUUGGCAUUUGCAAAGAAGAGCUUGUUUUCUCUUCCUUUCACUGUCUAAAUGGGUAUUAAUGAAGAAAGAGAGACAGAAAGAGAGCUUCAGUUGGAUCUAUACCUUCAAAGCAAUGAAACCUGGAGUGUGUACAAAUCUGAAUAUCUGAGCCCAAUGGGAUAGGUUCCCUCGAGAAAGAAAGGCAAAAGUAUGAAGUAUUUACCCUCCUUAGUUUUCCUUCAUUUCUGAAUCCAAGUUGAAUUCUGGAUUUUCAUUUGCAGUGAGAGCUUUGAGAACUGUGCACAUCUGCAAUAAAUGAACUUCCAUCUUAUAUGAUGGAUAUUUUUGACAACUGAUGCAUUUUCUGUUAUUUUUCCUAAUGUUGCUUUUAGUGAAGGAUCAUUUGUUUGUUAUAAUUCUAAGGGCAGUUGAUCCUUAAUACAUAGAUAAAAUGAACAUCUUAACUUUAUGUUAUAUAACUUCCCUGUGUCUUUUUAUUGUUACAGAUUAUAAAUGCCAUGUACCAUUGCAUUGUAUGUACUUCCAUAAGAGGUCAAUCAAGUUGGUUAAAAUUAAACAGUCUCUCUUUUCCUAUAUUGCCUUCUCAGACCAAGAAGCUGUUAUAUAAUGCAUAUAAUGGAGCCAGUUUGGUCUAGUGGUUAAGGCACCAGGCU